AUGGUGAAGAAGACUAAAGAAGUGCCGGAGUUCAAAUUCAGAAAUUUUACGUCACUGGAAGUUUGGUCUUUGAACUCCCGCUCUAUUCAAGGUCAGCUCGCUUGGUACUUCUUGUCGAUCUCAAGUCCUCCUUCGUGCAACAGCACCCAUUGUUUCGUCAAGUCGGUUCCCAUACAACAGGUUAGAAUAGUAUCUGCAGUUCAACGAAGAAUCAAGGGACAUGGAUCACUUAGAAGUGUGGCAUAUUGUAUAUCAAACGAAAGCCUAGGUUAUUGGCUAUCGAAUGGUGUAUAG